AACGAACGUCUUGUGGGCUAGUCUACGGAGAAGCCCAGUCGAUGCCUCUCCGUCUACAGUCCACAGAGCGCCUACUGCGGCAACUUGACCGUCUGCACAAAUCACAGGCCGGAAGAAACAUUAUCCGACGGAUCAACGAACAUCGAGGAUCACGGUUCAAGGCUAUGGAAGAAGGCACGUACAGGCUGCUUGCGCUGCCGGGACCUGAAAUGAGUCCACCACCUGCCCCAUUUGAUGUUGAAGAGCCUGAAGUAGCACUAUCGAUACGUGGUCUCCGGAAAAAGAGGGAAAUCCCGGACACCGUUAUCCGGUCGAUGGCGUCGGAACUGAUCCACGAGCAAUAUGGAGCAGCCCUUCACGUGUAUACUGACGGCUCAAGUAAUCAAAAGCUGCAGAGCAGUACAGCGGCGUUUUGGAUACCUGCGCUCCAGCACUCUUGGGGUGGCCGCCUAGAUUCCUUCGUCUCUUCAACCCUGGCCGAACAAGUAGCAAUAGAGAGAGCGCUGGUUUUCGUAUCAUCUAUCCCGGCCCAAGACGUCCUCAUUCUAUCAGACUCUAAAUGUGCACUUCAACGAAUCGCCAGAUGCCGUCAGGAGGACACCAGCACACGCAAGAUUGUAGGCAGCCUCAGGCUCUUAAAAGAAAACGGGUCCAGUGUGAAAUUUCAAUGGAUCCCUUCACACGUCGGAAUAAAUGGGAAUGAAAAGGCUGAUUCUGUCGCUGCUGCUGCCCACACUGAACCACCAAACACGCCAGCGCCGCAUGAUCCUGACAUCAACAAAAUGCGUUUUUCAAGACACAUUCAGAAGGUCCGGCUUGCUGCCAUCCCAGCAGCGGCAAUCUUCCAGCAACCUCUGCCGACAAGAGACCUGAAGAGGAGACAGGCGGUUCUGCUUCACCGGCUAAGAACAAAGUCCGUGCUAACACCAGCACUCCUGCACAAGAUGGGUUUUGCUCCCUCUCCACACUGCGACUCCUGUUCCGUUCACGGGGACCUCGAGCACGUCAUGAUGCAUUGCUCCGACCACAAGACCGCCAGAGAAGCGAUGCUGCACAAGUACAAAGCCCUGAACCUUCCCAGAGACACAUGUGAAGACAUCCUGUAUCCCCAAGGAUCAGCACUUUGCCGUAGAGCUGCCCGGGACGAGCUGCUAGCCUUCGCAGCCAGUGUGGAACUAUCUUGAUGCAUCCCCCCUCUACUAUAUUGCUUUUUCUUUACUUUCCCACCUCCUCCC